CAUCAACCAAUCAAAGCACACUGAAGGGCCUAGCUUUCAACAUAAAUAAUCAACGAUUCGCACAAAUACUUUUAUCUUAAAUUCUCUCAAAAAACUAAAUCUYGUUGUCACUUUACUUAUUCAUUAACGAGGGUAUCGUUUGAGCUGUUGGAGAAAUGGGUCGAAGCCGGAGUCGAACUCCUCCAAGACGAGAGAGAAGACGAUCUCGCUCAACUUCACGGGAGCACGAGCGAAGGCGAAGGGACAGGGAACGCUCUCGCUCCAGGGAUCGGGAUCGAGAGCGCCGCAGAAGUCGCUCAAGGUCUCCACAUAGAAGGCGUUCAAGGUCUCCCCCCAGGCGUCAUCGCUCCUCUUCAUCGUCUCCUGUGAGACAGAAAGACAGGCGUGAUGAUGAGCGCAAAGAGGGGAAAGAAAAAUCAAAGCCCAUUCAAAUCUCUGCGGAGGACAUGGAGGGCAAAACAGAAGAGGAGAUUGAGAUGAUGAAGCUGAUGGGAUUCUCAUCAUUUGAUUCCAGCAAGGGAAAGAAAACUGAUGGCUCAGUUAAUGCACACGCAGUCAACGUUACAAUGAAGAGGAAAUACAGGCAGUACAUGAACAGAAAGGGAGGAUUCAACAGACCACUGGACUUCAUCGCCUGAAAUUAUUCUCUUGUUUUUAAAAGGUUUGAUCUCUUUUCUUCAGCAAGAAGACCAGUUAAAUGUAAUUUAUGAUGCAGCAGUUCUGUGUUUUUUUUUUUUUUUUUGUAACUUCUACCUGAACUCAUUUACAACUAAGUACUGAUUAAAUGAGCCUUUUUGUUUUUGAGAUUGAUGACGAUGCAAAUAAAAACAUAGAAAAAGCUGGCUGUAGUUUUAAUUUUGAAAAAUGUUCAUAUGUAGACAAUAUUUCUGUCUUGCAUGUGUACAAAACUUUAUUGUAACAGUGACAUUUACCUUUACACACAUAAAAUAACUCCUGCCCGUCUCUUUAGAGUCAAGUUUUCCUACAUUUGAAGGGGGUCCCUGGAUUUUUAUUCUUGUGUAUCAAGCAAUUAAUGAUUCAUUCUGCUGUUCUUGGAUCAGUGGCUUCACUGAUUCUAUUGAAAUAUUCUGAAAUAUUGUCUGUGUUCUUGUUUUUGCAAGGAUUGAAAUCAGUGCUAGGUAAAACAUUUGUUASGUGUGGUUUGUUUCAGCUCAUGGUGUAUCGUGUUUUAAAAUAAAGCUAAAGACUUUAGCUGC